UUUAAAAGCCAAUAUAAUAAUUAUAAAAGAUUAUAAAAUGCCUAUCACCGACUACACAGUCCCCAAAGAAGCAGAUCGGUUCUACUGGAUAAGGCUCAACAACAAACUCCACAACGCCGGCUACAACUACUGAAUCAACAACUGCAAGACUAAGAGUGUAAAGUCCGAACUUGAAGGCUGCUUCAACUAUUGCUACACUUCCUUCAUGAUCGAGAAAAAACAAGUAAUGCACCAGGCGCAGGACUCUGACGAGGACACCUUCACUACUUGUCUCUCCAAAACAGAUGACCCUGAGGACAUAGACAAUAUCCUAAAAUGUGGGGAUAAUACCCAUGCUGGCAAAAUGCUGAUUAUCUCUGAGAGCAUCAGGAACAAAUGCAAGGAAUUGUUAUAAUCAAUAAGUCAAAAUGUAGGA